AUGGGACCAGCUGCCUUGCCACCAACCAGCACAGCUUUUGCAGAGAUUCUCUGCAGGAGGGUCACGUCAAAAUGCAAAGGGAACGCUAUUCAAACUAGCGUUCAAGGUUUGGACACCAUUCUUAAUGGCGUGCGGAGGUGUUGUCACUCAGCCAGCCAAUCUCGCAGGGACAGCAGCGGCACUGGGAUGCCAUUAUCAUCCUGCUCGGUGGACCAAGAAAGGCAGAGGAGCUGCAGUAGUCGUGGACGUAAUAUCAUCCUGCAUCCUGCUUGGUGUAAGAUCAUCCUGCUUGGAAAAGGUUUUGUUGAAGAAUUUUUGUUCUUGAAAAAAUUAAGGUUCCACCACUUGAACGCAAUUCAUAAUGGCGUUUUGAUAAUAAACGCUUUUUGGCGACCGGACGAUAAUUUGACACUAGCAACGCCACCACCAAAGUUAGUAAACCAAAAAUGGGUUGUUCUCAGAAUUCCCCGCUCUCCUCUAUCUGUGGACCACUUAACCACCCGUCCAGCAGAGUACCAUAUGCUACCACCUUUUCAAAGCCUGCAGUUUCCACAAGCAUAUCCUCUAGAGCAUGCUGCAUCAGCAUAUCGUUUGUAUCCUUUCUGGAUUUGGCAGAAUGGGAUUGAAAUUCAUAAGUCAUGCUUUUUGCAGCCAAAUGGGUUGUCAAUAGGGCAAGAAAGGAGAGUUCUUGAUGCAUACAAGACAAAGGUUGCAAGAAUUAAGCGAAAGCUUUCACGCCAAAGGAGCGUUGGCAAAAGUUUUCCUUCUGGUGCUAAUUCGUCUCAGGUGGAUAUAAGGAGAUCGUCCUUUGUGGAAGACAGCCAGAGCACCAUCAACAGAGAUCUCUAUAAAUUUUGCACGUCAGAUAACAAGAGACUAAGGGUGUUGCUAAGUAAGGAAUUGAAGAACAGUGAUGUUGGGUCUCUUGGGAGGAUUGUCCUUCCAAAGAGAGAGGCAGAGGAAAAUCUUCCUAUCCUCUCUGACAAAGAAGGUAUCCAAGUUGUGAUCAGAGAUGUAAACUCUAACAAAGAUUGGAGCUUGAAGUUCAAGUUUUGGUGUAACAACAAGAGCAGAAUGUAUGUUCUUGAAAACACAGGAGAUUUUGUAAAGCAAAAUGGGCUGGAGAUAGGAGAUUCCCUUACACUUUACGAGGAUGAGUGCAAGAAUCUCUAUUUCUCCUUCAAGAAGCUGGAAACACCACAAAUCUUGCCUUCAUACAAGCAACGGUCCACAAACUACCUAUACAUACCACAUAUGUACCAAGAUAGGGAUGAAGAAGAAGCAUCUUUAGCACUACUUAUAGAACAACUUAAUCAUAAAGAACAGCAAGAAUCUAACAGCCUUGUGACAUUGUCUAUGGAUAUUUCUUCUUCUUAUAGACACAAAGAGGAAGAGAGAAAUGGUCCAUUCAACAAUGAAACAAGCAUUAGUAUCAAUCCCGAACCAGCACCAGCAGCCAUGCAACCCACAUCAAUGCAAGUUGUAGAUGAUCACUAUAUUGACGACUGCUAUACUGGGCUUGGUGUUCUUCCUGAUGUCAAUAGCUAUAAUUUUUCACUAUGA